AUGGCAAUCUACGAGUCUGGCAUCGCGGCCAUCGUACGCAUGGUGAUUGUACUUCUGGUCACCAUUCCGGUACUCAUUCUCUUCGGUCUCUCCCUCAGAAAACCCGGCUACAGCCAAGACAACACCCGUCGAUGGGUAAACUUCACAAAGCCUGCACUUGGGUUUUGGGGACUAUCCCAAGCACUCCAGAUUAUCUCCGUCAUCAUCAUACUUGCCGCUGGUCUUGGGAGCACAUAUGAGUACGAUCAUGACGCAGCCGUCACCGUGCUAGUGUACCUGGCAGCUCUGUUCGAGUACUGGGCCCAUGCAUGCAUUUUCCUCGCCCAGUUCUACCUCGCCCACGCCCUCACCCAGCUGCGGGGAGAGGACUAUCUUCGCGCCAGCGCCUAUCGCAAGGGCCGCAUCGUCGCUCUCAUCACUGCGAGCCUCAUCGCCAUUCUGGCCUUCGUCUUCUUCUGUCUCGCACUGAGCGUCUCAUUUGACUCCAGCUACCGUAGCUCCAGCGGCCGCCGUCUUAGGCGCCUGGUGGCCCAGUCCUUGGAUGUCGCCUGCCUGGGAUUGCUGGUGCUCAGCGCCAUCGGCGCCGUCGUAUACUCCGCCAAGUCUCGCAAGAAGGCCCUGGGUAGUUCCGUGCACAAGGCUGCGAAUAUCCUCGUCACCAUCUCUUCCCUCUGGCUCGUGCGAGUUGUCUGGCUGAUUCUGUCCUGGUUCUUCGGUGGACGCGGUUACUACUACGGUUUCAUCAUCAUUGUCAUCUUGGACAUCUUCGCCGGCAUCAUCUUGACCUUUUCCAUCCUGACGAUGCUGUACCUGCUGGCUACUAGACCGGUCUACGGCAUGUCCAGGGCAGAAGACCGCAGGAAACUGAGCCAGGGCCAACAGUCCGUAUAA